UGGCAGACAUUGGAGGUGGUGGUGAAGGAGACAGCAGUGGUCAAUGUUAUUUGAGCAGGGUCAGCAGGCCCCAGAGCUUCCUGAGUGCACGAUGCAGAAGGCUGCUUACUAUGAAAACCCAGGACUCUUUGGGGGCUAUGGCUACAGCAAAGCCGCUGACACUUAUGGCUAUAGUGCCCCCCAUCAGCCUUAUCCACCCCCCGCUGCUGCCAGCUCCCUGGACACUGAUUACCCAGGCUCUGCCUGCUCCAUCCAGAGCGCUGCACCUCUGAGAGCCCCAGCCCACAAGGGGGCUGAACUUAACGGAAGCUGCAUGCGGCCUGGCACUGGGAACAGCCAAGGUGGGGGUGGAGGCAGCCAGCCUCCUGGUCUGAACUCAGAGCAGCAGCCACCACAACCCCCUCCUCCACCACCAACCCUGCCCCCAUCCUCACCCACCAACCCUGGAGGUGGAAUACCUGCCAAGAAGGCCAAGGGUGGGCCCAAUGCUUCUGGCUCCUCUGCCACCAUCAGCAAGCAGAUCUUUCCCUGGAUGAAAGAGUCCCGACAGAACUCCAAACAGAAGAACAGCUGUGCCAGUGCAGGAGAGAGCUGCGAAGACAAGAGCCCGCCGGGCCCAGCGUCCAAGCGGGUACGCACAGCUUACACGAGUGCCCAGCUGGUGGAGUUGGAGAAGGAAUUCCAUUUCAACCGCUACUUGUGCCGGCCACGCCGCGUGGAGAUGGCUAAUCUGCUGAACCUCACCGAGCGUCAGAUCAAGAUCUGGUUCCAGAACCGGCGCAUGAAGUACAAGAAGGACCAGAAGGCCAAGGGCAUCCUGCACUCGCCGGCGGGUCAGUCCCCAGAACGCAGCCCGCCGCUCGGCGGCGCCGCGGGCCACGUGGCCUACUCAGGCCAGCUGCCACCCGUGCCCGGCCUAGCCUACGACGCGCCCUCGCCGCCCGCUUUCGCCAAAUCUCAGCCCAACAUGUACGGCCUGGCCGCUUACACGGCGCCGCUCAGCAGCUGCCUGCCGCAGCAGAAGCGCUACGCGGCGCCGGAGUUCGAGCCCCACCCCAUGGCGAGCAACGGCGGCGGCUUUGCCAGCGCCAACCUGCAGGGCAGCCCGGUGUACGUGGGCGGCAACUUCGUCGACUCCAUGGCGCCGGCGUCCGGGCCCGUCUUCAACCUGGGCCACCUCUCGCACCCAUCUUCAGCCAGCGUGGACUACAGUUGCGCCGCGCAGAUUCCCGGCAACCAUCACCACGGACCGUGUGACCCUCAUCCCACCUACACAGAUCUCUCGGCCCACCACUCGUCUCAGGGACGCCUGCCCGAGGCCCCCAAACUGACGCAUCUGUAGCGGCGCGUUUACCUCUUUCGCUUUGGCGGCGGGGGGUGGCGGGCGGGGCCCGCGGGGCAGCUCAGUGACCCCCCCCCCCUUCGCUCUGGCUGGUCGCUGCCUCCUGGUCUCGGCCAACAACGGCCAAGGAUCAGGCGACUGGGCCUCCUCUCCAGGCGCGCCCUUCUUUGGGUUACUCUGGGUUACUCGCUCUAACUCAGCCGCAAAGAUUCUCCUCUGUAAGCCUGACAGUGCCAUACACUUCGGACCGAGGGACUCUGAUCUGGUUAUGGUGUCCCGAAGGUAAGUCUGAGAUCCAUCGUCGGCGCGCCCUGCAGAAGGUCCAGGGCCCGGGCCUUGCCCGCCUCUAGUUUAGUUGCAGAGACCUUAAUUUAUAUACUUCCCUGCCGGUAAGGAUUGCAUCGGACACAACGAUCUGUAUUUAUUAUUUGAAGCGAGUCAUUUCGUUUCCCUGAUUAUUUAUCCUCGUCUUAAUGUAUUUAUGUGUAUAUUUGUAGAAUUCUCCAGCCGACUUUAGGAACGCCCUCCCAGGCCGCGGGGGCCACAUUUCAGCUCUUUAGUCCCCUUGGUCUGAACUAGUUGAGAAAGUAGUUUUGAACAGUUGUAACCGUGGCUGGUGUUUGUAGUUGAUGUAAAGGAUUAAGACCGCAAAUUGUCCUUCAUGGGUAGAGUCAGGCGGCCCCGUGGCAUGGCAGGACACCCGUUACUUGUUUCUCAACACCGCAGCCCUCGCCACUAGACACAGUUUAUUGAUUCAAAUUGUCUGGUACUAUUUGAACAAAUAUUUAGAAUAAAAAAAUUUCUCAGUCAGAAGUGUAUCUGUGUUCAUCAUGCACACCUGCAAGUAGAUCGCCCUGCCUUUAUCUUGUGCACAAUCUGGUGGAAGGCACCCCAAUAGGCUGACCCUUUGAACUAUUUUUUUUUCCAUUUAUUUGGAAUCCAGUACGCAAAUUGGUUCCUGGGAUACUUGACUACAUUCCAGCUACUGACAUUGGGGGGGGGGGAAUAUCUGAGGAUGCAAGACUAGGAAUGAUUUGGGUGAGAUGAUCUAGAUAGGGUUUUUUGUUUGUCUUUUUUUUUUUUUUUUUUUUUGCUUCUGCUACUGCCUGUUUUGCUCUCUUUCUAGACACUAAUUGACUUUUUUAGACUGUAUUUACAUUGGGGAGGCCUGAGCUCACUUUUCUGUGUUAAGUAGUAAAAAAUAAACUUUGAAAGAAAACUGACAAUCAAAGAAAAGACACAAGAGAAGUCAUAAGAAGAAUUGAGCUGUGAAAAAAGUUAAGGUGCAGAAAAAGAAUGAUCAUUUGAAGCCAUGCACCUAAGCUUUUCCUAUAGGAAAUGCUAUCACGACUUUUUCUUUUAUAGCAAUCGGUGGUUCAUUUCUAAAGAAAACAAACGUUCCCCAAGAUGUAAAGUAAUAAAAGUUUCAUUAAUGGAACAUAACAAGUAUAAACACCUGUUUAUUCUUGUUUCUUUGUACAAAAUGGGCAAAAAUGUCUUCAAAGAUUUAUAACCAUUUUGUAAAUAUUAGCGUGGCUUUAGCUGGGGAGGACUACUUACACCCACUUCUCUAGGAGGAGGCACUUGGAAAACGCCUUCAGAUAAGGUUCAGUUCUUUUGUAUUUCAGCAAAGUCGGCCCACGCAUCUCUAUUUGGUUUGACAAAUAAUACAACUCCUACUACAUGCCCGUGACUCGGGGUGAAAUCCCUACCGUGUGGAAAUAAUUCAACUUCUAAUCUUCUGGUGGAGCAACAAUCGUUUCUAUUUGGAUGUUUGUGUUUUGCUAAAUAAUGAUGGCUCAAAAUAAUAUUUGGUUUCCUCAUUCCUUUGUGCUGUUUUUAAAAUAGCAUGUUAGAUUGGGGGUGGGAGGGGAUUAUCCUUUUGCUAAAUUUCACUUUAUCCGAGCAGGUUUAAAGUAUACAUGUUGUAGAAGUGUAUCAACAGAAUAAAUGACUUCAAGUGAAGGGAUAUUUUACCCACUUCGAAGGCUUAAAAUUGUUUUUCUACGAGAUUUGCAUCCAUGGGCAGAAUUUCUAAUUGUAAGAAAUUAUUUUUUAAGCUAUUAGGGAAAUCAAAGAGCUUGCUGCCUUGCAGGGAUUACAAAAACCUUUCUUAACUGGCUAAAUAUUAAAUAGAUGAAUUGUCAGGCUGUUUAGAUUGAGCCCGAUUUUCCCUCAUCUCCUCUUCCUACCAUAAAUAAUAAUAAAAAUACAUAAUGCA